AUGGCAAUCUCCUCAGAGCCGAGGCCAGAAGGCCAGACAACUCAGUCGGCAGCCGACAUCGAAAAGCAACAGGUCCUGCACCAGGAACACUCUCACAUCGCGGAUGAUGACAAGACAGUUGCUCCGGCCGUCGACUACUCAGGCGCCGCGGCCAAGACAGACCCGGAAGAGAUCAAGCUUGUGCGGAAGUUGGAUCUCUGGAUCAUGCCGACUCUCUGGUUGAUGUACUGGCUCAACUACCUCGACCGCAACGCCAUCGCCCUCGCCCGGCUGAAUGGCCUUGAGAAGCAACUCGGCCUCUCCAGCGUCCAGUACUCGACCUGCGUCUCCAUCCUCUUCGUCGGCUACAUCCUCGGCCAAAUCCCCAGCAACAUGAUCCUCACUCGCGUACGACCGUCCUUGUACAUGGGCGCCUUCAUGAUGGCUUGGGCCAUCGUCAGUGCGCUUACGGCUAUCGUUCACGACUACAAAGGUCUCAUCCUCACGCGGUUCUUUUUGGGAGUCGUCGAAGCUCCGUAUUAUCCUGGCGCGCUCUAUAUCUUGUCAAUCUUCUACACGAGGAAGGAGCUUGCAACGAGAAUUAGCGUACUGUAUUCCGGAAACAUCCUGGCUACUGCCUUUGCUGGCUUGAUUGCCGCUGGUGUGUUCAACGGGAUGGACGGCACGCGUGGACUCGCGGCCUGGCGCUGGCUCUUCAUCCUCCAAGGCGCCGUCACCUUUGUGAUCGCGAUGAUAGCCUGCUUCACGCUUCCCGACGAGCCCCUCACGACUCGUUGGCUCUCCCCCGAGCAGAGGCAACUCGCACACGACAGAAUCGCACGCGAUACCGUGGGUAGCCGCAUGCAGAGCAGCACCUGGGGCGGCCUCAAGGAGGCCUUCACGGAUCCCAAGGUCUGGGUCUUUAUCUACAUGCAACACAUGCACCUCGCGACCAACGGUUUCAAGAAUUUCUUCCCGACGAUCGUCGAGACACUCAACUUCAACACGACUGUCACCCUCGUCCUGACGUGCCCGCCCUACCUCAUUGCCGGCGCGCUGUCCAUCGUGUGGGCUUGGAGUUCCGGCAAGUAUAACGAGCGGACGUGGCACAUUACAAUUUCCAAGGCCGUCGCGCUCUUCGGGUUCGUGCUGGCCUGUGCCACGAUGAACACCGGCGCGCGGUACUUCGCCAUGGUGGUCUUCACUGUCGGCACCUACGGCGUGAACAGCAUUUUGCUCGGCUGGGUCGGCAGCACCUGUGGCCAGACCAAGGAGAAGAAGGCUUCGGCGCUGGCUAUUGUGAACACCAGCGCCAGCAUCAGCUUCAUUUGGACACCGUACCUUUGGCCCACGUCCGAUGCCCCGAGAUAUGUCAUCCCGAUGGCCAGCAGUGCGGCGUUUUGCGUCGCGUGUGCUGCUGGGGCGUGGCUUAUGAAGUGGAUGCUAGUCAAGGAAAACAGAAGGAUUCGGGCCAGUGACCAGGAAGCGACGUUGUUUUAUGCGUACUAG